AUGUUAGUCUCAUCCAUCAUUAAGGCCUAUCGUCUUAAUCUAUCAUCAUCAUCAACUUUUGCUAACAUAACCAAAAGAGUAUACAACACUCAAAAUUAUACACGCUAUUUGAAUAUGUCAUUGACUCAAAAAAAAUUUAAUCCUUUGAAACAAUUAGUCGCUGAAAAGCCAUUUAAGAUUGCAGUUAUUGGUUCUGGUAACUGGGGUACUACAAUUGCAAAAGUUGUUACUGAAAAUGCUAAACAAUAUGAUAAGUUGUUCUACCCAAUUGUCCAAAUGUGGGUUUUCGAAGAAGAAAUUGAAGGUGAGAAAUUAACUGAAAUUAUUAAUACAAGACAUGAAAAUGUUAAAUAUUUACCAGGCAUCAGAUUACCUUCUCACUUAGUUGCCAAUCCAGAUUUAUUGGAUACUGUCAAAGAUGCUGAUAUUUUGGUAUUUAACAUUCCUCACCAAUUCUUAAGUAGAAUUGUUUCUCAAUUAAAGGGCCAUGUCCCACCAACCGUCAGAGCUAUUUCAUGUUUGAAGGGUUUCGAAUUAGGUGAUAAAGGUGUUCAAUUAUUAUCCUCUUUCAUUACUGACGAAUUAAACAUUCAAUGUGGUGCUUUAUCUGGUGCCAACAUUGCAAUGGAAGUUGCCAAGAAGAAAUGGUCUGAAACUACUGUCGCUUACCAAAUGCCAGAAGACUUCCGUGGUAAAGGUAAAGAUGUUGACCAUCAAGUAUUGAAAGCUUUAUUCCACAGACCAUACUUCCACGUUAGUGUAAUUGAUGAUGUCGCUGGUAUUUCUAUUGCUGGUGCUUUAAAGAAUGUCGUUGCAUUAGGUUGUGGUUUCGUUGAAGGUCUAGGCUGGGGUAACAAUGCUGCGGCUGCCAUUCAACGUGUUGGUUUAGGUGAAAUCAUUAAAUUUGGUCAAAUGUUUUUCCCUGAAUCAAGUGUCGAAACUUAUUAUAAAGAAUCCGCCGGUGUCGCUGAUUUGAUCACUACCUGUUCUGGUGGUAGAAACGUCAAGGUCGGUAAAAUGAUGGCUAAGACUGGUAAGACUGCUCUAGAAUGUGAAAACGAAUUAUUAAAUGGUCAAUCUGCUCAAGGUAUAAUUACAAGUAAAGAAGUUCACGAUUGGUUAGUCACAUGUAACAAGGUAGAAGACUAUCCAUUAUUCGAAGCAGUCUACCAAAUUGUCUUCAACAACGUUUCUAUGGAUAAAAUCCCAGAAAUGAUCGAAGAAUUAGACUCCUUAGGAUCUGCUGUCGAUAAAGACUCUGACAGUGAGGAUUCUUCUUAA